AUGCAACUCAAUCCAGCUCAGAUGCUGCGUGCUGCCAAGCAGAUGAAGGCGGUGGAGAUCAUCGCAAUGCUUGUUGAUAGCAAGUCUAUGCACAUGUGUCUGGCGUACAUGCAGACAACAGUGACUGAGCGAGCCGUUAGCGAAGUGGUAAAGAAGCUUAAACCAGACGUGAAGAUGUGUCAGGAAUUGGGAAAUUGGAGGUUUCUUGAAGAAGUCACCGCUGCUCAGCAAAAUCAACCGCUCAGCAAACAAACACACAAGAGCUUUAGCCAGUAA